AGAAUGUUCCAUUCAUACCACCUGACUCGUGCAGUCGAGUGUGGUCGACUGAUCGACUUGAAAAGAGGUAAAGAAAGGUGUAUAUUGUAAGUAUUUUGUUUUAAACGUGCUCUUAAAACAUUACGGUCUGUUUAAUGCGUGGAGUAGAACACUUACGUAAUUGAUUCGUAAUUAAAUUUGCAUGGUGCGCAAUGUUUAUGCUACUAACAUAACCCCACUUCCUUUGUUUUCCAUUGUGAGAAAAAACAUGUUUUUAUUUUGUUUCAGUGAGAACAAAUAAAAAAAGUUCAACUUUCAUUUUGUCGUUUGUCUAUCCUUCUAACCAUCAACAGGUUAUUUCAGGAGUUUACAUCAAUGGUUUCUUGAAUAUAUUUUGAGAACUUGUGAUGAUUUGACAUUAGGGACUAUCCCAAGCACUCUCAAGUUUUAUUAAACUUGUUAAUUUUGUAUAUUUGCUUGAGAACAUAGUAUUGAAGUUUUAAGACGUUUAUCAUCAGACCUUUCUAAAUAUCUAAUAUGUAACCUAUAUAAAUACAGUACAAAGUUGUUUGGAAUAAUUUAUAAAUUUGAAAUGUAACUAUUUUGUAAAUACCUGAGAUACUUGGGAAAAACCUGUUUUCAUAUAAGACAUUACGGCCAUAUAUAUAUAACACUAUCCAUCACGUUAAUGUGCUGUACUCAUGUAACUAAAAAGUCAUCUAAAUGUAUACUAAUAAAAAGAGUGAAAAGGAUUAUGGGUGGGUUGUAAAGUAUCAGUCAUUUCACAAAUAAAUGAAACUUGUAUGUUUUGCAUGAUGAUUGUAAAGCCUUUCUUAAAGCUGGAAAAUAUGGUAAACAGGAAAUCUUAAGUUUAACAACACUUCUAACAAUUUUAAUGAUCAAAAAUGGAAUUGGCAUCAUCUUCAUCAUUGCAGACUGUAGGAAUUGGUGACACUGAUGCCUAUAGUGGUUUAUUGGGCCUCCCAUUGGACCAGAGUCACCAGUUAGAUGCACUUGGCACUAAGCGAAGGAGUAGUUCAAGAUCAAUCAAACGACGUCGUUUUGAUGAUGAGUUGGUGGAAUCAAGCUUAGGAACGGCCGGAAGCAUUGGUUCUAAGGUAGCUCGUGCUCGCACCCAGUCAACAUCAAGUCCUGCUACAGAUAUUAACGUUAGCAGUAGUGUACCAUCAACUUCUAUUUCCACUCCCCAACCCAUUUUAAAUGACAACAGACAGCGACGUAGUAGUAAUAAACCACCUACAUCUAGUGGACGAAGAAGUCGCAGGCCACGACAUCCUCAUUCUGUUGCUACGAAAGACCUUGGGAGAUGGAAGCCCACAGAUGACUUGGCUCUUAUAAUCGGAGUGCAGCAAACAAAUGACCUGCGAAUGGUUCAUCGAGGAAUUAAAUUCUCUUGUCGAUUCACUGUCCAAGAAUUGCAGCAACGUUGGUAUGCUUUGUUAUAUGAUCCUGCUGUGUCUCGAAUAGCUGUUGCUGCAAUGCGGAAUUUACACCCAGAACUCAUUGCAAGUGUUCAAAGUAAAACAUUGUAUAGCAAGGCGGAAGAACAACUUCUAGGAACAGUAAAAUCUAGUUCACAACCAACAAUUGAAGUGUUUCAAGAACUGAUUGAGCAGAAUAGUCAUGUAUUCUAUCCAGCAAGAACUGCCAAAGCCCUGAUGACCCAUUGGCAAUUAAUGAAGCAGUAUUGUUUACUUCCUGAUCAGACAGUUCAGCCUUUGCCAAGAGGUGAACAUGUACUAAAUUUUUCUGAUGCUGAAGAAAUGAUAAAUGAUGCAGAGCAAUCAAAGAAAGAAAUAAGAUUUUUGGAAAAUGAGCUUGGGCGAUGGCAAGUCCUCGUGGACUCUGUAACUGGUAUCAGUCCUCCAGAUUUUGACAACCAGACCCUAGCUGUUUUGAGAGGAAGAUUAGUUCGCUAUCUCAUGCGCUCCAAAGAGAUUACUAUUGGGCGAUCUACCCAUGACCAUACAGUGGAUGUUGAUUUAUCAUUGGAAGGCCCAGCUUGGAAAGUGUCUCGAAGACAGGGAACAAUAAGACUUAGGAAUAAUGGAGACUUCUUCCUGUCAAGUGAAGGAAAGAGGGCUAUUUACGUAGAUGGUCGUCCCAUACUUGCUGGAAAUAAGUAUCGUUUGAACAAUAAUUCAGUUGUAGAGGUAAGUGGCAGGUUUGCGGUUCAUCUUUUUAAUAAAUCAAGAACUGAUAAAUGUAAUACGUCAAGAAGUAGCAAAAAUGAACCUACAACCUUAAGUGUAAUGAAGUGGGAAAUUGGUAAAGUUCUCUAUGCCCUGAGCUGGAAAUUUUCAAAUAUGGUAGAUUCAGUUUACAUGGCAAAACUGGAGCCCGAGUACAUUAACCUGAAAGGAAACCAGAAAGAACGCGGACGAUUUGAACUGGCCUUUGGACAAAUUGGAGCAAGUUAUUUGUUGGGAGGAGCUCUUGGCGUGCUUGGUGGAUUAUUUGAAGGAUACAGAGAAGCAAAUCAGUUGGCCCUUGCUGGGAGGUUGCGCCGAACACAUCUCCUGAAUCAUGUCAUAAAAGGAGGUAGUGCAUGGGCACAAACAGCGGGCACCCUGGCUCUAAUUUACAGUAUAGCUGCAAUGGGCCUCAUGGUACAGAGAGGUUGCGACGAUGACUUAACUACUGCAGGAGCAGCCACUGCUACAGGACUCAUCUAUCAGGCACCAGCAGGUUUGAAGAGAAGUUUGCUAGGAGGCAUUUUUGGUUUGUGCACAGUAUCUCCAUUUAUUUUAUGGAAUCAUGGAAAUGAAUUACAAGAAUACUUAAGAAGGGUUACUGUAAUAUCUACAAAUGAAGUUUCAUCAUUAAGAAAUGAAAUUGAGGAACUCUUAGACUAUCAUCCAGAUGUUGAUGACAAUUCUUACAACAAUGAAAGUGAAGUUUGAUUAAUUUUCAAUUAUGUACAACCCCUCAAAAUAAUUAUUUUAUAUUUUUAGCCUUCUAACUUAAUUUUUAUCUGAAUUUGUAAUG